AAUAUGAAAGUCAUUCCAAUUUCGCUAAGAUUGGUGUAAGGUGUUACGUCGUAGAUUUUAUUCGUCCAGAUCAGUGAAAUUAGUUAUCCAGCUAAUAAAAAUGGAAUUAAGCGUUCGAAUGUCAUUAAUCAAACCAUCAUCAACGAUAUCACUAACAGACAAGGCCAACAAACUACGAAUGGAAGGGAAAAAUAUUUGCGUGCUAUCAAUCGGUCAGCCAGAUUUCGACACACCAAAUCAUAUUAAAAAGGCUGGCAUUCAAGCCAUUUUCGAUGGUAAAACUAAGUACACAGCUAUGGACGGCACGGCAGAGCUGAAGGACGCAAUUAUUGCCAAACUUCGCAGAGACAAUCAGUUGGAGUAUAAACGAGAUCAGAUAUGUGUUGGUGCAGGCGCGAAACAGGUCCUGUUCAAUUUAUUUAUGGCAACAAUCAGUGCAGGUGAUGAGGUCAUUGUACCAGCACCCUACUAUGACAAUUACGUUGAUAUGGUAAACAUAUUCGGUGGUGUUUCUGUGGUGAUCCAAUGCGAAAAAGACUUUAAACUAACACCCGAGCAACUGAAGGGUAAAAUUACGCGACACACAAAAUGGCUCAUUUUAAAUUCUCCGAAUAAUCCGAGUGGAGCUGUGUACUCAAGGGACGACUUAAAAGGAUUAGCUGCAGUGUUACUAGAAUAUCCCCAUGUCAAUAUCAUUUCCGACGAUAUUUAUGAGUUCAUAACAUACGACGAAACGUUCUGUACGAUCGCUCAAGUCGAACCAAAAUUGUACGAUCGUGUUUUCGUCGUAAAUGGCGUAUCCAAAGCAUAUGCAAUGACUGGAUGGCGAAUCGGUUACGUUGUGGGUGACGUCAAAGUUAUUGCAGCUGUUACAAUGCUACAAUCACUGUGCACUUCAAAUCCGAACUCUAUCGCCCAAGAAGCUGCAGUUGAAGCAUUGAACGGUGAUCACUCGUUCAUGGCAGAAAGAACAGCAACAUACAGACAUCGACGUGACUUUGUGGUGUCUGAGUUGGGAUCAAUGAACGGUCUAUCAGUGGCCAGGCCUCAAGGUGCAUUCUAUUUGUUUGUUUCGUGCAAAGGAGUGAUAAACAAGCGAACAAAAAAUGGGAAGCUAAUUGCCAACGACGUUGAUUUCGCCGAAUAUUUGCUGGAAGAUUAUUUGGUUUGUGUUGUUCCGGGAUGCUCGUUUGGUAUGGCAAAUCAUAUCAGAAUAUGCUAUGCUUACUCGCGGGAACAAUUAGAAGUUGGAUGUAAACGAAUAUCAGCUGCAUGUCAGGCGUUAGUUGAUUAAAAGAGGUAAGAAUUUUGAAAGACUCGAUUUAGCUACAAUAAACUGAUGGUUUUAUCGUC